AUGGCUCAAAGGGUAAUCCUUCCACCACCACCAACAAAUGGUUAUGGUUAUUCAUUUUCCACUGAACAUGAACAAAAUAAUGCUUAUCAAGAUCAACAACGACGUCAAUAUGAUUUAGCGGUAACAUCAUCAUCAUCACCGACUACUACCAUGUUUCAACAAAAUAUAUCAGUCACAACACCUGGCAUAGCAAAUCUUCCUGUUAAUUCAAAUGGAAUCGGAGGACAAACAAGUCAUCAUUCAUCACCAACACAUCAUCAACCAUCAAAUAGUCCCGAAACUCAAAUUAAACAAAAUAAAGAUAUGAUAUAUAGCCAUCCAUUAUUUCCACUAUUGGCAUUAAUAUUUGAAAAAUGUGAAUUGGCCACAUGUACACCGAGAGAUGGUAGUGGACCUGGUGAUGUUUGUUCAUCGGAAUCAUUUAAUGACGAUGUUACCGAUUUUGCCAAACAGCUUCAAAAAGAGCACACAUACAUAACAGCAAAUCCAGAGUUAGACAAUUUGAUGAUACAAGCUGUUCAAGUACUCCGAUUUCAUUUACUUGAAUUAGAAAAAGUACAUGAAUUAUGUGAUAAUUUUUGUCACCGUUAUAUAACAUGUUUAAAAGGCAAAAUGCCAAUGGAUUUAGUUAUUGAUGAACGUGAUUCAAAUGUUUCAUCAUCAAAAUCAGAUGAUGAACAAAGUGAAGAUAAUACUAAUAAUACACCAACAAGUUCACGAUCUUAUAACAGUCCACCAAAUGAAACAUCUUAUUCUAAAACAUUGAGAUCGUCGUCUCAUUGUUCACAGUUAAAUGGUCUAACACCAAAUCAUCAUAAUUCAUCAUCAUCUACCGCUAUAAAUCAUAUUCAUCAUCAUCAUCAAAACAACAACAACAAUCAUAAUCACAAUGUUCUUCAUAACAAUGGGAUUACGAGUAGUGUAAAUGGUACUAGUGGUGGUGGUACAGGUGGUGGUGGAAGUAGUCAUCAUUCAGUUCAUAGCGAUGAUACGCAGUCAACACAUUCGUCAGAUACUCCCAAUGGUUUAACACCAAACAACUGUCAUGUAUCACAAAAUUUAGACAAUAACAGUGAAACUGGUGACAAUUUUGAUAACAGUGUAUGUUCUGGAGAUGGUACAGGCGGUGAAGAUGAUCCGGAUGAUAAUAAUAAAAAACGACAAAAAAAACGUGGCAUAUUUCCCAAAGUAGCCACAAAUAUCAUGAGAGCAUGGCUAUUUCAACAUUUAACUCAUCCAUAUCCAUCGGAAGAGCAGAAAAAGCAAUUAGCACAAGAUACUGGUUUGACUAUACUACAAGUAAAUAACUGGUUUAUCAAUGCCAGAAGACGAAUUGUUCAACCAAUGAUAGAUCAAUCAAAUCGAGCUGCAAAUGCUCAGAAAGCAUCGAUACCAGAAUUCAGUGAUUAUCUUGGACCAUAUAGUCCAGAUGCAAUUCAUUAUGGAUUCGAUCGUCAAUUUGCAGCCUAUCCACCUGAAUUUUAUAAUGCAGCAACAUUAGCUGCAGCCUCAAAUCCGUAUACACAAAUGUCACCAUUUCGAAAUCCUGUUCAUUCAAAUAUGUUAUUAAGUGGACAUACUCAUCCAAUGAUGAUGACACAAAUGGCUCAUUCAACACCUUAUAAUUCGUAUCCACCAUCAUCAACAUCACCAUUGAUGGAUUCACUUGCAACCUCACAACAAGAUAAUCACACUCUAUGA